AUGACUUUUACAGGCAAGCAGAAGCAGGAGGAUGACAGCAAGGACGACGAGGAAGGGCACCCUUACGGCGUCGAGCCGCUGGGCAACAUCUUCCUGGGCAGGAGCUCCGACUGCAAGCCGAGAGGCCUCGGAACGCUUGCUUCCUUCGAUGAUGAGCGCAUGCUGGAUUUGCUCUGUUUCCUGGACGCUCCCGCCCUCGGCCGGCUCGCUUGUGCCAGCCGCGCCCUGUACGUGUUCGCCCACGUGGAAGAGCUGUGGAAGACCCUCGUGGUGCAGGAGAUGGCGAGGAGGCCAGGCCAAGGCGUAGAAACCCGAGGCGGCUGGAAGACCACACUGCAGCACAUCGCCGUCGGGCGUUCGGCUGCCCCCGGCGGCGGCCGCGGCGGUGGCGGUGCGGACGAUGAAGGGGGGGGGAAGAGCGUGCCUCACGUUCCUUUGAAGGUGUCCGGCUUCUUUUCGGACCUGCUGUUCCAGCCGCACCACUGCGCCACCACGGUGAUCAGGCCCGAGUGGGUGCGGCGGGACACGGUGGACAGGAGGGCGGGCCUUUCGCCCGAAGAGUUCCGCCGCUUGUACGAGGAGCCCAACAGGCCCGUCGUCUUGACGGACGCAGCAGCGAGCUGGCCCGCGCUGGAGAAGUGGACCCGAAGCAGACUCUCGGCCGCUCACGGGGACCUUCGUGUGCACGCGGGAGGCUUGGAGUUCGCACUGAAGGACUACCUUCGCUACGCCCGGGAGUCGAAGGACGAGCUCCCUCUGUACGUGUUCGACAAGCGCUUCGUGGACAAGUGCCCCGACCUGGGGAGGGAGUACGACGUGCCCAGCGUGUUCGCGGACGACCUGUUCUCCGUGCUUGGCGAGGAGCGCCGGCCCGACCACCGCUGGCUCAUCGCCGGCCCCGCCCGCUCGGGAUCCUCGUUCCACGUCGACCCCAACUGCACGAGCGCCUGGAACGCCACGGUGUCUGGCAGGAAGAAGUGGAUCAUGUUCCCCCCCGGAGAGACGCCUCCGGGAGUACACCCUAGCGAAGACGGGCUGGACCUGGCCGCUCCCGUGUCCAUCACGGAGUGGUUCCUCAACUUCUAUGAGGAAUGCCACGCGCCCACGCGGAGAGUGCGCCCUCUGGAGUGCGUCGUGUCUGCAGGGGAGGUGGUGUUCGUGCCCAUGGGGUGGUGGCACUGCGUCCUCAACCUCGAGUGGUCCGUGGCGAUAACCCAGAACUUCGUCAGCAGGGUGAAUCUUCCGCACGUCGUCAAGUUCCUCCUCACCCAGAAGCACCUGAUCUCGGGCCUGCCCCCCGAUCAGAGGGACGACCUCGGAGAGAGCUUCGUCACGGCGAUGUCCGAGCAGCGCCCCGAUCUCGGUGUAAGCGAGAUUGCAGAGCGGGCCACCGCUAGUACGACGGCUGCCGCUACAGGUUUCGGGGGCUCCGGCGGGGGCAUGGUGGCGAACGGGGGAGAGUCGUGCCGGAACGGGGGUACCAGCAAGAAGAGACAGAAGUUGUGGGACAAGCUCAAGCAGGGCGGUGGUGGAGAGGCGGUUGGCGUUUCCGAUGCGGGAGGGGCGAGCGAAGACGGCGGCGGUGGCGGGCGUGCCGCGGCCGUCAAUGGCGGGGACGGGUGUGCCGAAGGAAGGAGCGAAAGCGCGAGCAGCGGCGGAUUCAGUUUUGGUUUCUCGUUUUCAUAGCCAUAGAUGGGCCCGAGAGAGAGGCACGCGCGUCGAGGGUUGUCCUCCUACCACAGCGAGCGGGCUUUUGUACGGCGAGGAAUCGGGUGUUUUGUUUGGUCGCUCGUCGUGGAUUGGUUGGGGUGGCAUGUAGACGAGAAAAACUGCUUUGGCGACUUCGCUACGUGUUUUCGGUGUAUCUAUUUGCGCACCUUUCUUUUGGUUCAACCUAACAAGGCCAUAGACAAUAACGUUGCACUUCGCGCGGUCCUUGAACGCUCUCGACGUGCAUGCAUUUGGCUUGGGCGCAUGCGACGACCUGCUGGCUCUGCAGACUGCGAGGUCCAUGUUCAGCCAGAGGGGAUGUUACUCUUGCCGCCUGCGCUUUGCGGCGCGGGUAUCGGGUUUUAUCCCGAAGCCCAUUUCACUGAUGUAGCCAAAAGCAAGCAUGCCCUUUGCCGCUAACCGUAACCUGUAGGCGCCGCCAGGGGACCCGUCAUUGAUGAGAUAUCUCUUUUUAAUCUG